AUGAGACGAUCAUGUGGUCAUCUGCGUGUUAAUCAGUAUUGCCGAAAUGUGGAUGUGCUAAAUGUACCAGUAUUUAAAGGAACGGCUGUCGAUUGGUUUCUCUCCAGUGCAGAGAAUGAGGACGCAGACAGACUUCUGGGACCCAAUGUGCGGGGCUCUGCGCUUCGGUCCAGACAAACAUUAUAA